CAAAUAAAAAAUGAAAAAAAAGGGAAAAAUAAGAGAGAGAAAGAGUGAGAGAGAGAGAGAGAGAGAGAGAAGCAGAGGUUACAGAGCCUCCAUCGCUCUUCUUCUUCUUUAACCUUCGUCUCUCUUCGCCGAUCGGAUCAUACAAUCCCUAAUUUUUUAUUUUUGGAAAAUCCCAAAUUUUACAUUUUCGAAACCUUGAAUUUUGUAACUCUCACUCUCUUUCUCUUCCCGAUUUUAUUUUAUUUUUAAUCAAAAUUUUGUUCUCCUAUUUUUCUUUUUUUUUUUUAGUUUUUUCGCCGUCGAUCAACUUGUCGACUUAGGGGAAAGAAAGGGGAAAAGCGAAAGGAAAAUCCAGUUUUGUUUGAUUAGGGUUUGAUAUGGCUGCAAAUAUUAAUACGGCUAAUUUCAAUACCUCCGCUGCAGUGACAGCUGCUAAUCACUCUCCCAGUAGCCCUAACCAAUCACAUCGUGCUACGAGGGUGGUUUCUUCGCCCUGGACUCAAAUCGUCCGCGGAGAAUCAGAGCCGAUCGCGGGUGUACCUUUGUCGCCUUCGACCUCUUCUUCGUCGUCACCAUCGGCGGCUGUGAUUGAGCUACCUGUUAACGCUGCGGUCGAAGAGGAAGGCGUGGAGAAUGGGGGUUCUGGUCCCAAUGGCAAUGCCGGUAAGAGGCCGGCUUGGAACAAGCCUUCUAACGGGGCUGCCGAGUUUGGGGCUGUUAUGGGGGCGCACAUGUGGCCUGCUUUGUCUGAGUCCGCUAGGGUUUCUUCCAAAUCUUCUUCAGACUCAUCCAAAGCUUCACCGGAUGGAUCAUCUUCUCCUGCUGUCCUUGUUUCUCAGGGGAGUGGAAAUGCAUUGUCUUCGUCUGUGCAGAAACAAGUCAGCAACAAUGCAAACUCGAAUUUAAAUUCGACUCCAAACAAUACAAUGCCUACCCGCCAGAGGUCGAUGAAGCGAAAUAGUAAUAACUCAGCAUCAAAUGGUGGCCUCACGCAGCCUCAACCUCAAGGUCCUGUAGCAGAAACACCUGCAAAUAACCCUUCUAGGGACCACAUACAGAGAGGUGGAUUUGUGUCACAGCCUCAUAGUGGUGGUAAUGAUCACCCACACCCUCGGAAUUCAUUCAGAAAUCGUAAUGGUGGUCCACAUCCACGAGGAGAUGGUUCUCACCAUCAGAAUUAUGGAGGAAGGCGCAAUCAAGACCAUGGAAAUCAAGAUUGGAAUGGUCGAAACUUUAAUAGUAGGGAUGGCCACAUGCAGCCAAGAGUUGUUUCCAGGUUAAUGAGGCAUCCACCACCACCUCCACCGCCUAAUACUGCACCAUUUAUUACUCCCCCUCCUGUGCGGCCUUUUGGCACCCCCAUGGGGUUCCCUGAAUUGCCAUCUCAUGUUUAUUUACUCCCAGCCCAUCCUCCAGAGUCACUUAGAGGAGUGCCAUUUGUUGCACCAAUGCCACAGGUGUUUUUCCCUGCUCCAGAACCCCAAGACCAUCAGUUGCAUGCUAGGAUAGUGAAUCAAAUAGAUUAUUAUUUCAGUAAUGAAAAUCUAAUUAAGGAUACAUACUUGCGGCAAAACAUGGAUGACCAGGGCUGGGUUUCUAUUAAAUUAAUAGCGGGCUUCAAAAAGGUGAGUUUUUUCGAUACAUUGUAGCUGGUUUCAUUUAUUUGAUGGUGAUAGUUCCUUUGCUUAGAGCGUUGUAAUGAUGGUGUGCAUUGGGAAUUUUUAGCAUGCUCAUAAGUUACAUCUAUGCCUAUUGGACUCAUCUGUUAUUCUAUUGUGGCAAGUGUAUGUGGUUAUCAUUAAAAACAAACCUAUUUUAAGUGAAGAUUUUGAAAGAAGCAAAAUAAGUAUGUACAUUAAUAACUUAAUUUACUAGUAAUGAAAAUGCGUAUUGAUAGCUAUCUGUAAUCUGUUGGUGUAAAAUUCUGAGAGGAGCCUUUGAAGAGAACAAUGAGGGGGAAGAGAAAGAUAUGAGAAUAAUGUAAGGGCGGCACCCUCAUUCACCAUAGCAGAGAUGUGAAGGAGUGAGGUCUAGCUUGUGGGUUUAAUACACCUUGAAGUGAUUAUACUUCAGUUAAAGCUUCUGCAGAGGUUUGUACCAUUCAGGGUUUUAUGGAAUUGGUUCUAGAAAAUAUAUUUUGGGAAAAACUUAAUUGCUACAUUUUCAAACUUUUUUCUUUUAUUUCCAAGAAAAUGAAUUUAAAUCCCAACAAGCCUAGCUUUCGCUUCCACCUUGCUGCUAGUUGUGCUAGUUCAUGAAUUUUCAUUGUAAAUCCUUACCGUAAAUGAGCCAUAUGAGCAUAUGCAUUCAUACUUAUUAAUACACAUUUCGUUUGACCAUUAUUUGUGCGAAAUAUUGUUGCUAUUUUCUGGUCAAGAUAAUUUUGAUGGACAGAACCUUGUCUUGAUGCACAUAUCUAUAUGCAUUUAAAUAACCUUUUCAUAUUUUAUUCCAUGCUACUUUUGUUACCAAUAAUUGCCCGUAUUGCUGGCUCACUCUUCUCAUUUGGUAUUUGACUAUUUGUGUUCGAUUAUGUUACGCUUUUCUCAUGGUGUUAUACAAAUCUACUUCAGAUGGAUUUGUAU